AUGCUCCUCAGAGAUACAUUAUGGGGACUUUGUCUCUUGGGUGGCGUCGCUCGGUCCCAAAGCACUGCACUGGCGUCGGCGAAUGCUACCCAGAGUUCCACAAUGAGUGGUGCUGAAAACCUCUGCGGAAUAGGUGCAAGCGUGACCAGUGAUACCGAUGAUUCCACCCUGGUAACGGUAACAUGCUCAGACUGCGUUACGGUGUCAGGUGUCGUCGUCGGCACGGCUGUGCCCUCAACUUUCACAGAUCAAACAACAACAUCAUUCCUGACCGACGUGACCGACGUGAACAACAAGAGAGCCCAGCCAACGGCCGUGCCCCGGCAGCCUCUGCUGCCACGGGCUCCAAAAGCCGUACCCUUGGCCGAGCCAGACGCGAACGACCAAGAGAAUUUUAUGUUAGGGAUAAAAGACAGUAUUGAAUUCGCAUCUGGUUCUAACAUUGGAAUAUUUCCGUCCCCAAAUCAGCUACAGAAAUGGACAAUUCCGCUUCAGAUAAAUGGUAAGACAGUAAAUACACCAAUUGGGGUGACAGGGUUAUGGUACCCAUGGCCCAAAAGCGCCACAAACUACAAGAUGCAAGGUAUGAGCGGAUGCACUGGUGUUAUAAUCGUGGGCAACUCGGGUUUCUGGGCCGGUCAUUUCUGGGAGGCCUCCAAAGCAGAUAAUAUAAACGGAGGAAGCUCCUUCAACUACCGCUAUGGUAGCGGCGCCGGUGAUGUGGUCGAAAGGUCCGUUGCAGACUUCAAAACAAUCGCCACCGAUAUUCUUGGAAAAGCUGCACCGGCAAAUGCGGAUUCUUUUACAAGUCAUGGCGAUCCUUUUGGUAAAGAUAAUGGGGGUGGGGAUGUAUACAUCAUUACCAAAGCCGCAGGUACCACGGCAGCACAGCAGAAGAAACUGAAGUAUCAAGAUAAAAUCUCGGCCCUCACAACAGCUAUUCAAAAAUAUGUUCGACCAAAUACAAUCAAUAUUCGCACCUAUAUUGGAGAUUCGAGCACCUUCACGGGUUCCCCUGCGGUUUCCCCUGCAGGCGUACCAAUAACCCUGAAUGGUGUUAGCAUUGUUCAAUAUAGCCCUUAUGCGGGAAACAGCAACAAAGGUUGUCCGGAAGCGCGAGCGAGAGUCUGGGAGGAGCUGAACACUACGCCAGCAGUCGACAGAAAAUGGGCAUCGACUGUAGCUGGGUUGACGAAAAGGGACGGCGCAGCAUGCGCUCUACCGUCUUCCUCAACUACGGCGGCAGCCCCCGCUUCAACUAAGUCUUCGACCGCGGCGGCACUCACCACUGCAGCCCCUGAACCCCCUUGUCACGUCCGUGAAGACCCGGACAACAAUGAAGGAGCGAGUUGUGUGUGCAGCAAUGGACGCACAAUCGCGAUAGUCACCACUACCAACUCGGCGGGAUCGGUCAAUAACUGUCCAUGGCCUACAAUCCCACCCCAGGCACUAACAACGUCGUCCAUAGUGAAGAACGACAAACAAUACCAAUAUACAUAUACGGAUAUUAGCAAGAAAGUGAUUGAGUGCCAGACCUUUACCAAGAAUAAUUUCGGAGGUGUUGAGGCGUCGUUUUGUGUGGGCUCCACAGCAGUACUCUAUGAGCCUCCAUUAGCCACUAUGGAGAUGGGCUCUUCCAAGGUCAAUGUGGGAACCUCAAUGACAGGGGAAGUACUCUACACAAGUAUCUCCAACGCCUUGACAAGUUUAUGUCCAACUCCAACCUCUUCUGGUGCUUGGACAUCUUGCGAGACCGGCACGGUAAAAGUUGGACAAGCUGCCUAUCUCGAAAAUGGCGAACCAGAAGAAGGCGAGCUGACACUCCACGUCACGGAUGCUCAGUAUAAUUCAACCGACUACCUCAACUUGUUUAUUAAUAUGAUAGCUGGAAGCGCUAACGCCAGUGCCACUGGGAGUAACUGCAAACUUCUUGAUUGGUCAUAUGUGACCGAAGGCUGGAAAAGAGAUCUCGAUGGAAGGGUGGUCGGGCCACCUGCGCCAGAAAGGCACAAGGGUAAUGACACCUUCUGUAAUCUCAACAGUUUCCUCGAUACACAGUGGUACGACGGUAUCCAAGAGUCAGCACAAAUGUGGUUUGAAACAGAGUUUGGCUUCGCAGCAGGAGAGCUGGGCGACUUCGAUUGUGCUAGUAGUGUGGACGCCGUAGCAGAGGUGGUCGGUGCAAUUUUCGAUGCCAUAUUCCCUGAAUUUGCAUGGCUUAUCGAGACUGGUGUGGUGCUAGGUGAGCUAGCUUGCGAAGCAGCAGAGGUCUUCAAUCCUACGAGAUCGAAGAGAGACAUAGAGCAGGACAAGGCAGACGCGAAGUUGGCGAGAGCUUGGAAAAAAGAGGUGAAGAAGGAUAGAAAGCUGCCAAUGCCAGAGCACAAGAAGCGCGAGCUUGGUAUUAUUGAUUGA